AUGUUAGUACGAAUUGGCUUUGGCCCGUCGAGGGUACGGGAGAUUGCGAUAAUGAUCACGGCACUUGUCAUCGGGACUCGUGUUGACCGUAUUCGUGCCUGUAACUCGAAGAACGGCAGUGGGCUGAAGAUGAAAGGCAAGACCUACCUACAUUAA